GGGAGUCCCUUUUGUACCAACACCUUACGUACCUACAGCUGGCCGGACUGGACGCUUUACGGGGAUGACGAAGGAUUAUACCAUGAGGAGCAGGUCGGCCGAAGGAGGCUCGAGUAGGCAUGGCAGCGAUGAAGCUAACAGUCUGAUGAGGGAAUACUUCGUGCAGAAAGCACUGGAAAAGAAAGCGAAAAGGGAGAAAGAGGAAGAAGAGGAGAAAAUAAUGAAAGAAGAAUUGGCGCGCAAAGAGAAGGAGCGAAAGAAGUUGAUGAAAAUGGAAGAGCGGUUUCGUUUGGAAGAGGAACGAGAUUCAAGACUUCUUAGGAUUAUACGAGGCGAAAUGAAGAAAGAUCAGGAGGACUAUGCCGUUAAGGACAAGAGAGGCAAAGGUAAGGCGAGACUUAAUGAGAGGGGGGAGACAGUGGAGGAGGAAAAAGAGAGACUGAGAAGGAUGUUGAGGGUGCAAUAUUCAAAAGAGGACGACACAGAGAACGAGGAACUAAGGAUGCUACGGAGGAGGGCAGCGAAGUUGGAGAUACAUGAGAAACGGAAGAGAGGACCGGACGUGGCGAUAGGAAACAGUCCACCUAUGGUUACGCCAGAGAAAAGAACGGGUCCAAGGCUUACCGAGGAGUCGAAGAAGAAGAUAGAGGAGCUGAAGAGUGCCUCGAAACCACCCGCGGAGAGUUCGGAGACACCCACAAAGUUGGACUUGUCGUUGAAGCACAUCACAACUUCCUGCGGACCUGGCGGCAAAGAAAAAUUUGAACAAAAGUGUCGGGAUUUUUACGAUGCUCUGACGAUUGAGGAACUGAAGGAGGUCUACAGACGAGAACGAGUGCCAUAUGGCAAGAGGGAGCUGGCAAUCAAAAGGUUGGUCAUUCGUCGAUCUGUAGUGGCGUAUGACCCGACAGUCUUGCCGCUUCCUACUUCACCUCGGCAGUCUUCGAGGAAAUCGGUGGGAAUCGGCUGUAGCAAGGAAGAAGUGAAGGAAAGUAUGUCGGAGGAUUCCGACUCGGAGGACGAAGAAGACUCUGAGUGAAGAACGCGCAAUGUAUGGAAGAAAGUCAAAGACAUAUGUGAGCAAAGACUGGAUAAAGGCGGUAAGAAGAG